AUUCGAUACUUUUUUGGCUUUCAAGUGAUUUUUACCCUCGAACAGAUUAGGUAGUUCGCAGAGCUCCAUGUGUUUGUAAAUUUCAUUUGGCUCACAUUUUAACUAUCUAUAAAAAUAAAACUUUCCCCACAAAAGAUGAGCUUGGACCGAGAAUAUAAAUUUGCUAUUGAUUUUGUUACAAGCCAUAUUUCCAAUACCUUCAGCAGCUCAAGUCAAUACGUCACAAAAAGUAUUCCACAAUAUAUUUAACGUAUUCGCAAACUUCUAAUUCUCUAUUAUUCGGAAUAUAUUCUCUAAUGACUCUCAUAUCAUUAUCCCUAUUUUCACGAUCAUUUUGGUUUUAUAUCAGAUUGAGCAAUUCAUCAUUAGAUUUUUUCUAUCGUGCUAAUUUCUUACUUCUUACUUUUGACCAGUCUUUGUUGCCUGAAAGACUUCGCGUUCUUACGUUAAAUUAAAACUGAAGUUUCUACUGCUGAUUUCCUUUGUGUAUUGAAUAAGUACCUCAACUAUAAUCCAAACUAUUUUGUUAGCUUCAAUUUCGAAAUGUGUUAUUUAGGAUAUCAAACUCUAAUGACAGCUUUCUGAUGAAGUAGCAAAACUGAUUAAAGCCACAAAGACGGGCUCAAUUAUAUUGUAAUUAUCUUCUCUUAUAUUUCGUGAUUUUGUCUUUCUUAAUUAUGUUAUGGUGUCUUGAUAACAUUCUUGUUCAACCAGAUGAAAAAUCUAGGUCGGCGCCACUUUUGUUUUUAUCUUAUUUCAGAAAUGUCUAGAAUAGAUAUAUAAUUAGGUUUUUAAUUGCUUAAUUUUCCAUCUUUGUUUUUAUAUAAAUUUGCUUGGCGUCUUCAGUAUUUAUAAAACAUAUCAUUUAUCAAAUAAAGAAAUGAAAAAAGUAAUAAUCCUCUUAUCUGGAAACGACAUUUUAUUUAAAAUAUGCAAACUAUAUUUUUCCGGAUUAUCAUCGAGCGACCUCAUUCCCAUUCUAUAUCUUUUUAUAGGGAGAUAUUGCGAAUUCGAGCAAGAAGCUGUUGCUCGCAUUAAACGAAAUUCAGGUCAGCGCCGCUUUUAUAGGAUUGCUUGAUGGGCCAGGCGUCGCGACGUUCGCAUUGAAUUAUGAAAGGCGCGAGCAGAUUCAGUUAUAGCGUUAUGGAUGAAUUUCAGGGAAAUUAGGGCCACACUGUUUUCAAUGAUUCAAUCCAGAUGAAUUUAGGAUCUAAUCUAUCACUUUAUGAAUCUAUAUUCUAGAUAAACAGAAAAGGAAAAACCGAAUCUAUCAAAAAUUCUCGGUCAUAGCAUAGUUUAAAAAAAUAUAUACAUAUAUUAUAUUCAAAUUGAUGUGACUCUCAUCAUGCUUUAAUUGAACAUGAAACACAUUUACCUAUUAUAAGAUCAAAAACUCAUUUUUGCUUUGUUCCAGAUCCUAUACCAGAAAAUGGCCAUCGUUAUCAUCUUGAGACUUAGUGUAUAGUGCUUGAAAUUCACUUUGUUCCAAACAAGUUCCAUAACAAAUAUGGAUACGACAUUAACGUGUUUAAUAUUCGUCGCGGUAGUGUCACGUAACGGCGGACGUUUAUCCGUUUCGGUUAAUUUAUAGGAAUGAUGCGUGCAAAAUUAAUAAACGCCGGUGACGGUCGGGAAAGAUGUGUUUUCCCCACUGCUACGUCGGCGGCCGGGGGCAGAGAUGCCACGUAAAAGUGAGAGACCUCCCUUUAAGGAGAUAUGUCUUUCAACAACGAAUUUUUACGUCCGUACAUAUCGUAUGCACGUGUGCCUCAAUACUAACAUAUCAUGACAGACUGUUAAAUAUGUAGUGCCCAACAGAAAGCAGUCGGUUUCUUGCCAGAAAAAUGAGUGAAAGACACCUCGCAAAUGAUAUGGCUCCCGCUAUUCCCCAUUCGUCUGGCUAUCAGGACGCCAAUGUAGAUCAUGUAAUUACCGAGUAUAUGGACAGGCUGGGUACGCGCCUCAACAUUUUGGAAACAGAACUAAAGUAUGCUUGGAGAGCCUUGGACCUGUUGAGUCAAGAAUACAUCAAGAUGUGGGAAAGACUCGAGAAAUUAGAAGGACUGCUCUUCGAACAACAAAGCGUGAUUUCUCAGCUGAUGGAUUUUUAUACGUCAGGAAGCGGACAUAGGGUCGGUCCGACAGUUUCUAUGCUAGAAGGAAGAUUAGAAGUAAUCAGAGAAAUCCUGGGUAAUGGUACAGUCGAAGAUGGAUUAGAAGAAGGUCUUGACGUCAUUAGAUCUCACGAGCCCCAAAUUCAAGAAAUCGAUGAAAUUCAUGUCCCAGAUGAGGCUUUUUACCGCAGCCUCAAUCAAGCCUAUGAAGAAGAAUUGGUGAGCUGCGAUACGAUUGGUCAGCCAAGUCAAUUGGAUAUGAUUUGGGAAGAACGAGAAGAAUCUGAAGACCUAGACAAAAAGAAAACGCCUGUCGAAGAAGAAAUUUAUAGCGCACUUGACUACAAAGACUAUCGAGGAAAUAGUUCUUGUGUUAGUGAGCAAGAUAUCGCUGAACUAUCUAGGAUAGAUUCCAUUGAUCAUAUGGCGAUAGAAAAGUUGAAUGAGCUAGAUCGAUUGAGCAGUAAACUUCAGCAAGAUAGUGCUAAUAUCAAGCAGCUGCAACGAAAGCUUCUAGAAUCCCCAAUAUCCCUCUCAGGUGUUAAUGAAGAAUCAGCAGCAACAACGCAACAGGACAAUGAAAACUGGACAUUUUCAUGUGAUGUGCGGGAUCAAAAUGACUUGGUGAUGCUUGCAACAAGUGAACUUUCCAGUGCUCUUUCUAACGGGACUUAUUCCGGUCGGCCUAGUUCGAGACUCAGUGUAACUGAUACCGAUAAAGAAGUCGCGGAGACACUAGCCGGUGGUAUAAGGACGCCAACGUCACCUAGAAGACGACAAGUUGAUACAUCUUGUAGUGAACCUUUUUCCACGGUUGAUGGUCGGUUAGCUUACAGUGCGGCAGUGCAACACGUCGAAUGCGCCGAAGCUGCAGCCGCUGCAGCACUAAGAAACUCAAAAAAUCCUUUUUAUUGUAGCGAUCUUGACUUGUCUGUACUAAUGCCAGCUUCUUACGAUACUGUACCUUGUUCAACUCCAAAUAUUUUUCAUCUUAUAUCAGAAAAACCCCCUUCUCCUUCAUUAUCUAUUUGUAGUGUCAGAACAAGGAAAGAUGGGUAUUUAGAUCCCGAAAAGCCUCCAUGUCAGUCGCCCAGUCCUCCUCCCCCAGCACCUACUGACGGAUUCUUCCCUAAUAACGCAAAUUUAUUGGCAAGCAAUUAUCUGGGACCAGACUCACAUCCAUCGUCUUCAAAUACUAAUCAACAACAUUCUCCUAGAUCACCCAAAACAUCGCCUAAGAGAAGCAAAUCUCAUUCAUCCAAUAUAGUUGCCGCUAAAAGUGAUUCAGGUCUCUCAUCUAUGUCAGGAUGGUCCAGUUUAGAAAAGUCUCCUGGUUCUCCUAAAAAUGGCAAGCCUUAUAACCACUAUGCAUAUAAUAACAGACCUGCUUCUCCAAAUAUUUCCAAUUCUCCUGCCAAAAUGCGUGGCUACGCAGAAUCAUCCGUGGAUUCUAGAAUUUCUGAAUCUAAUCAUUUAGAAAUUUUGCCUGGAGGACACCACUCUUCAGCUUUUACUAAUGUCAGGUCACCAAGUAAUAUUCAAUUAGACGGAUAUGGAACAUUUGUGCCUGCCCCAGCUCCUGCCUCGGACAUUAACGUUAGUCCCAACAAAAAUAAAAUGGCAGAACAGGGUCAAUGUUGCACUCAAAGCUCAAUAUCCCCUUAUUUGUUUCAUCAUAAUCAGCCAGCUAUUUAUUCAGUGGCAGGUAGCAACAACAAAGAUUCGUAUACAACAGUUUAUACAAGCAACAGUGCUGAUUAUAUUAAUCAAACUAUCCAUUAUCCUGACUUGGUAGAGCCUUACGAAAACAACGAACUUACAAAUGCUCAACAAUCACCUUAUUAUAAUUCUCUAACUUCUGGUGCUGAAACGGAGCCUGGGAGAAGAAGGCGAUCAUUAACCAGAUCGUAUUCGACAAACAAACCUCCGGAUGGACUAGCAAAUCACGAAGGUUACAAAACUGCUAUGUACAGAACCAUGUUUCCUACUGGAAAUAUUACAGAUGCCUUAAGUUAUUAUCCAACCUCUAGUCGAUACGAAUCAACAAUGAAUAAUCUACCUCAAGGAUCCUACAAUGAUGCAGCUGUUUGGCUUAGUUGCGGUCCAGAAGCACAAUAUCAAGACAAUGCUAGCACGUCUAGUUCAAUGAAAUCCGCUGAAACCUCUGAGACUGGUUAUUCGCCUUACAUGGACAGAAGGCAACAGCAACUUGCACAAAAUCAACCAAUUUAUGAAAACCAGCAGCAAAUCGAGCAACAUCAGAGGAAUUGGCAACAAAGACAGGAUACUUCUAGACUAGAUUUGGAUUUACGAAACAGAAAUGUUCCUGAAUAUGUUGUCCAACAACAAAGUCAUAACAAUGGCUAUUAUGAUACAGGCAUAGAUGUUAUUAUGACUCAAUCUGGAGAAUAUAUUACAAUUAAUAGUAGUACUCAUACAGCAGCACCAAGAGAAGAGAAAAAAAAGUUAAAACGUGGAAGCACCCUCAAAUCUGCCAUGAAUUCAGUUAGUAAUUGGUUACCAGAUUUGCAUUUACCUAAAAGAAAUAGAUCGUAUUCCCUGCCUGGGGGUAUUAAAAAAGAAGACAUGGAAAAACCUAAAACCUCACUAAGUAAAUCACAUGGAAGUCGUAAAAAGAAACGAAACGCCAUUGUAUCAACUGUAUCAGGAAUUCUUCAGAAAGCUAAAAGAAAAGCACAUGGAUCACACCAUUCUUUAUCUGACCCAGAACAGUCGGAAAAUGAAUGGGUAUUAAAACGAGCUAACUCAGUUGUAUCUGAAGAUGAUAGAAGUGAAGACAGUACAAGUAUAUCGGAGAAUGUUUUUGAAAAAGACCUUUUUCCCAAAAUAAGUCCGAAACCUAAAACAAGAAAAAGUAGCAGAUCAGAUGAUGAUAAUCGCUCGAAACCAUUACAACCUACUAGUGAAACAAAAAUAUCACCUCCAAAAGAACAAUUAUCAGGUGAAGAUAAUAAUCAAUUGCAGCUUUAUGAAGAAGAUUAUUCAAUUCAAAGCACAGGAAGCGGCUCUAGUAAUAUAUUUAGUACAAUGGGUGAAGCUAAACGAAGCAGUGGUUCUUCAGAUAAAAGUGAUGAAACUGUUAUUGUUGAUAGCAAAAUGGUGGUGGUUGUUGGAAGUGGAGCAGGAGGUGCCUCUAUGGAAUUUGCUGUUUCAAGAGCUCUAGGAAAAUAUAGACAAAAACAUUCAAAUUCAUUCACAGAAGAUCCUAUAGGAGAAAAUAUUGAAGAUAGUAUAAAAAUUGAAGAAAUUUUUGAAGAUGAUACCAGAGAAGAAAUUUUAGAACCAACUAUCGAGACUCCUUUGAAAAUUGUCGAACAAAAGUCGACUGAGAGUAAUAGCAGUAUGGAAAAUAAUAGACUAGAAGAAUCUCAUACUGCUGAAGGUAGUCCAAUAAUGCGUACCAAUAUGAGCCGCUUUUUUCCAAGACAUCAACAAAGUUUGGAAAUUCCGAGCCAUCGAGAUGACGAAGAUAGCCGUAGUACACAUUCGUGGAGAAGUACUUCUAGAGUCUCUUCUCGAAGACAAAGCACAGAAGAUAGUAUAGAUAGCGAGGACGAGUGGUAUUGCUAUGAACUAAGAAAGCUAGAAGAAAUGGAAAGGCAAAAAGAGUUAGAACAAGACAUGGGUUCUACUUUACAUGAACUUCCAGAAACCGAAGAAAGUGAAAGCUAUGAACCAGAAGAGGAAGUAAAAGAGAGAAUGUCUUUUGUGCUCCGAGAGCUUAGAAUGAAGGCAAAAGUUGUUAAUGGGGUUUUAGAUGAACAAGACCAUAAUUUGCUAGCAGUGAAUUCUGCAAGAAGGCGGGAAGAAAAACGCGGGUCGUUUCAUUUAGAUGAAGCAGCUGCUUUGUUUGAAAAAAUCAAAGUUUAUCAUCAUGAAACUUUAGAGCGGGAAAGACAAGAGCAGGCCGAUAUAGUUAUUGAAUUAUUGGCCGAAAAAACACCCGAACAAUAUCAUUACUUAGAAGAACCUACUAAAGAUGAUGAUGAUCGAUCGUCUGGAGCGACAUCUGGACCUGACAGCCCUCAUCAUAGCACUGACGAAUACGAUGAACUUGAAAUGAAAAUAAAUGACGAAUUCGCCCGAUGUCAUUUAUCAAAUGAAGAACAAGAAGAAAAAAUAAAUAGAGAUACAGCCACUCAACAACAAAGAAACUCAACAGACUCGGCUAUUAGUCAAAAUAUUCCAUCAAUUGAGGUAGCGUCAGCUACACCCAGCAAAGAAGAAGCUCCAAAAGACCCCAGUAAGGAGACUCCUGGCAGUAAAUGGAAGCUUCUGAAAACUCUAAAAGAGAGGAAAGCUGAAGAGAAAAAUAAUCAAGGGAAAGUUGUCCCAGAGCCAGCACCUCCUCCUGUUAAAGAGGAAAAAAAUGGCUCGAUUGGUGGAGAUGCAGGCGGAAGAGGAAAUGGUGGUCCGGGAGACAACACCUUCUACAGCAAUAUCGAUAUCAAACCUGAUAUCAGGCCAAUUAGAAGAGGAAAACCCAAUCUCCUGGUUUCCGAUUUGACCAUGGCUGCCACUAAAAGAAAUGCUGGACUCACUUCUGCUGUACCCAGGGCGACAUUGAAUGAUGAAGAACUGAAAAUGCACGUCUACAAAAAGACCCUGCAAGCCUUGAUUUAUCCAAUCAGCUGUACAACUCCCCACAAUUUCGUACCUUGGACGGCAACCUCUCCAACUUACUGCUACGAGUGCGAAGGUCUUCUAUGGGGCAUCGCAAGACAAGGAGUCAGAUGUACAGAGUGCGGAGUCAAGUGUCACGAAAAAUGUAAAGAUUUGCUGAACGCUGAUUGUUUACAGAGAGCUGCCGAGAAAAGUUCAAAGCACGGCGCCGAAGAUAAAGCGAACAGCAUAAUUACCGCAAUGAAAGAACGCAUGAAGCAGCGAGAGCGGGAAAAACCCGAAAUAUUCGAGCUUAUCAGAACGACAUUCGGGGUGGAUCCUGACACACACAUUGACUCGAUCGAACAAGCCAAACAAAUGACUAUAGAGGGAACGAGCAAGUGGUCUUGCAAGAUCACUAUUACAGUAAAAUCGGCUCAAGGCUUGAUAGCCAAAGACAAAAGUGGAACAUCGGAUCCUUACGUCACCGUCCAAGUGGGUAAAGUGAAAAAACGGACAAGAACCAUGCCUCAGGAACUUAAUCCUGUUUGGGAUGAAAAGUUUUACUUUGAAUGUCAUAACAGCUCCGACAGAAUAAAAGUGAGAGUGUGGGACGAAGAUAACGACUUGAAAAGCAAACUAAGACAGAAACUUACAAGAGAAUCGGAUGACUUUUUAGGCCAAACGAUAAUAGAGGUCCGAACUCUCUCAGGCGAAAUGGAAGUUUGGUACAAUCUGGAAAAACGUACGGACAAAUCAGCAGUUUCCGGUGCGAUUCGACUUCACAUUUCUGUAGAAAUUAAAGGUGAAGAAAAAGUGGCGCCCUAUCACGUGCAGUACACUUGCUUGCACGAGAACUUGUUCCAUUACUUGUGCGAGGAGAAUAACGGAAUUGUAACUCUGCCAGCGGCCAAAGGCGAUGACGCUUGGAAAGUGUAUUUCGAUGAAGCGCCCGAAGAAAUAGUGGACGAAUUUGCCAUGAGAUAUGGAAUUGAAUUUAUUUAUCAAGCAAUGACACAUUUUCACUGCCUUUCUACGAAGUACCUUUGUCCUGGAGUACCAGCAGUGAUGAGCACACUCCUGGCGAACAUCAAUGCUUACUACGCGCACACGACUGCAUCAACGGCUGUGUCAGCAAGCGACCGUUUUGCUGCUUCUAAUUUUGGAAAAGAAAAGUUCGUCAAACUCCUGGAUCAACUGCACAAUUCCUUAAGGAUAGACCUCUCAAUGUACCGCAAUAAUUUCCCUGCCUCGAGUCCCGACAAACUGUUGGAUCUCAAAUCCACUGUAGAUUUACUCACCAGCAUCACCUUCUUCCGGAUGAAAGUUCAAGAACUUUCCAGCCCGCCUAGGGCCAGUACUGUUGUUAAAGACUGCGUAAAGGCCUGUUUAAGGUCAACUUACCAAUUCCUUUUUGAAAAUACAUACGAAUUGUACAGCAGAGAAUUCCAAACGGAUCCCAGUGAACCCAAAAGAGAUCCAGAUGAUCACGGACCCAGAUUAGAUAGCGUAGAUUUUUGGCACAAACUAAUCGCUCUUAUAGUUUCUGUUAUAGAAGAAGAUAAAAACAGUUAUGGGCCAGUACUGAAUCAAUUUCCUCAAGAGCUCAACAUUGGACAAUUGUCAGCUGCAACUAUGUGGUCAUUGUUCGCUGUGGACAUGAAAUAUGCGUUGGAAGAACACGAGGCGCAUCGAUUAUGCAAAUCAUCUGCAUAUAUGAAUCUUCAUUUUAAAGUAAAAUGGUUGUAUACUAGUUACGUUAAGGAUGUGCCUCCAUAUAAAGGAGCUGUACCAGAGUAUCCAGCAUGGUUUGAACCAUUCGUGAUGCAAUGGUUGAACGAAAAUGAUGAUGUUUCAUUGGAAUAUCUUCAUGGUGCCUUUACAAGAGACAAAAAGGAUGGGUUCCAAAAAAGUAGCGAACACGCGUUGUUUUCCAAUUCAGUCGUAGACGUGUUCACGCAGCUGACUCAAUGUUUUGAUGUAGUUUCCAAGCUGGAGUGUCCAGAUCCGGAAAUAUGGAAGCGGUACAUGAAAAGAUUCGCAAAAACCAUCUUGAAAGUGCUUAUUGCUUAUGCUGAUAUUGUCAAGAAAGAAUUUCCUGAACAUCUAAAGGAAGAAAGAAUAGCAUGUAUAUUAAUGAAUAACAUCCAACAGCUAAGGGUCCAAUUAGAGAAAAUGUUUGAAUCAAUGGGCGGUGAAAAACUAGAAGAAGAUGCUGCAAAUAUUUUAAAAGAAUUGCAACAAACGCUAAACGGUAGCCUGGACGAGCUAGCUCAUCAAUUUGCUUCAAGUUUGGAGCCAAGGAUAACCCAAAGUGUUAAGGAACUUGGUGACCUUCUUCUUGCUAUCAAAGGAGGAGGUCAGCCAGGAACCCUGAACCAACCAGCUCAAAGGCAACAAGUGGCCGUUGAAGCUGACGAAGUCCUCAGACCUCUGAUGGACUUAUUGGACGGUUCGCUGUCACUAUACGCACAAUCCUGCGAGAAAACUGUACUUAAAAGACUGCUUAAGGAACUAUGGAGGAUAGUUAUGAGAAUAUUAGAAAAGACUGUAGUGUUACCUCCGAUGACUGAUAAAACGAUGGUGUUCAAGAGUAUAACGGAUAACGCUAAAAAUUUGGCGGCAAAUACCAAAAUAGAAGAUAUGUCUAGGUUGUUUAAGAAUCAUAUGACUGGUAAACAGGACGUGAAAAAUGCGCUAAGCGGUGUAAUGGAUAUCAGUAAAGAGGUGGAGAAAAAUCUGUCGCCGAAGCAGUGCGCUGUCUUAGAUGUGGCCUUAGAUACUAUUAAGCAAUAUUUCCACGCAGGUGGCAACGGAUUAAAGAAAGCCUUCCUCGACAAAAGUUCUGAGUUGCAGAGUUUGCGAUACGCCUUAUCAUUAUACACACAAACAACAGAUACGCUUAUAAAAACCUUCGUAACAACGCAAAUCAAUGAAGUGCCGCUAAACAAUAAAGAAACAAUGAUGCAACGACAAAUAUCGAUAGAUCGCGAGGAGCCCGAAGCGGGGCUUGAAGCCCUCGAAGAGCCCCUUAAGGCGAAAAAACCGCCAAGAGAUAAAUGGCCAGAUUCUGUUGACGGACAAGAGGGAAGCGUUGGUGAAGUUUCUAUCCAAGUGGAUCUGUUUACGCAUCCAGGGACUGGAGAACAUAAAGUCACAGUUAAAGUUGUUGCUGCAAACGAUCUCAAGUGGAACUUAGUAUCAGGAAUGUUCAGGCCCUUCGUGGAAGUGAACCUAAUCGGACCGCAUCUCUCCGAUAAGAAAAGAAAACACGCCACGAAGUCGAAAUCGAAUAACUGGUCGCCAAAAUAUAAUGAAACUUUCAAUUUUAUUAUUGGAAACGAGGAGCAACUAGACUUUUACGAACUACAUAUCUGUAUUAAAGAUUAUUGUUUUGCCAGAGAAGAUAGACUUGUUGGUGUAGCUGUUAUGCAGCUGAAAGAUAUUGUUGAUAAGGGUUCGUGUGCAUGUUGGCUCUCGCUAGGCAAACGCAUCCAAAUGGACGAAACGGGCUGGACGAUCCUCAGAAUACUGUCUCAACGCACAAACGACGAAGUCGCCAAAGAAUUCGUCAAAUUAAAGUCAGACAUUCGACAAGAAGACAGCAUAAACCAACAACAAUAAAUAAUUUCAAUUUUUGUGUGUGAUGUUUAUAUUGUGCUACAGACUUAGGUAUCUAUGAAAAAAAAAUUGACUUUUUCCACUACUUUUUCAGCUUUUUGACUUUCUCUCUAAUUCCCUCGUUGCACGGGGAGGAUUUUUAGAAUUGUUUUUUGUAUUGAACAAAAACAAUUAAAAUCCUAAAAAUUCCUCCCUUGUCCAAACAACAAAAGAUACACGCGUGUUCAAAAUCCAUAUAAGUGUUUAAAUUUAAUAAUUGUUAAUGCCUGAAAAGGACCGUCCCAUUUUGAAUGCGAAAUAUAUAGUAACUUAAAUGAACUAUUAAUUAUUGUUAAAACGUCACUGUGCCUCUCACUUUAAUAGACGUUUCUAAUAUUAUUAUAAUUUUCCACUGCAUGAAAACACAUUACAAAUGGAUUUCAUUAAUUUGUUUUUAUUUGUACACCAUAUUUUUGUAAAAGACUUUUUAUACAGUUUGCAUAGUUGAAUUGAAAUUGUUAAUAUAACAACAAUGGGGAUGGGAACCAACCAUCUAAGUGUCAGAUUUAUGGCACUUUUGGUUCCUGUUAAUCCAAGUUUAACGAAAUACUUAAUUUAUUUUCUUCUUUGAAGGUACAAAUUUUAAAAAUCUGUUGCAUAUUUAAGUAUUGAAUGAUGUAAAAUUGCUAGGAGUCCUUUUUCUCCACCUGUUGAAAUAUUAAGUUUAUAAAUUUUAGUCCUUCAUGUGCAAAAUUUGAAUUUGCAAUUUUCUGCUUUAAAAAAAAAUGUGAUUUAUCAAAUAUAGGUUGUAAGAUUGAAUCGCUUUUCAUAAUUUCUAAUCAUUGAUUAAUAACAUAAUGGAAUUUUUAAUUACCUACUUAUGAGGAAUCGUGAAUAAAAUCGUUUUUCUGCUACAAAAUGAACCAUUUUGUUGCUUACGAAAUAUGUUUUUUCUCUGUGAUAAAUUAUUGUAUGUCUCAUCAUCCACGAAUUCACAUUUUUCUCUUGAAAGCACUUUAUCGUAAACUUAAACUUAACUAUGUAUCAUCUCAAAUCUACUUUUAAAAUUGACAAUAUUUUUAAACUAUUGACAUUAUAAACUCCUUUUUUUUUCAAGUGAACAGGGUCACAUUUAUUUGAAAAUUUAUUAUUUUUAAUUAUAUUGGAUGCCAAAAGUUACAGAAAAAAAAUAUUUAAAAAAAGACUAAAAUGUGUGACUUUGUGAACUUGAAAAAAAAAAUUACUUAGAUAAGAAAUCAGAACACUCUUAUUCGCGCAUUUGUGUCUAGAUGUAAAAACAAAUCGUUACGAUAAAAUAAUUGAUGUACUAUACGAACUGACUAGUUAAUUUCUAGAAAUUUCCAUCAUUCAUAUAUAUUUUUAAGUGUGGAAAAGUCAUUUAAAUGUCGUACAAAAAAUAAAAGCAUCUUCAUUCAUUGAUUGUAUCAGUAUAUAUCAUAUCAGCUCACCGAGUGCUUCAAAUUAGCUUUUAAUACACCUUAUGGUAAAAAUUUUUUUGCUAUUGUGUUACCAUAUAAUAAAAGUUUGCCAUUCAUAUAUCUUACAGGGUUUGAUGGAGUUUACACGAUUUUUAAAGGAAUAUUGUUAAACUGGGACCAUUUUGAAUUUUAACACGAAAACUGGUAUAGGUACAAGGGUGCAAAGAGGGUACCUACCUAUAUCAAUUCGGAAAAUACCUACUCAUAAAAAACAUGCUCGAAUAACACCUUUGCACAUAUAUUUUACAGUGUAUUUCUUCUUAAACUUUUGUUUAUUGUAUCCUAAAUUAUUUUUUUUAUCCGUUUUAAGAGGCUCUUUGCUUCUAGUAAUACACCAUAUUCAAACAAGAUAAUUUCAUAUAGGUACGAACGUGUAAAUCAUCAAACCUUAUUUUUGAGCAUAUUCCCAAAAUGUCGUUGGAAAGAUGAUUUUUGGAACAGUUCAUGCAUUGUAAACUCGUCAGCUAAAUAUAAAGUAUCGCAUAUCAACUCUUUUCUAUUUUUUUUUUUUUUGGUUGGCGAAUAUACUCACAAUAGCUUUUUAUCACACGAAAAGAAUUAUGUAAAAUAAGAUUUUAGUUGCAAAAUAUCUUAUUAACACAUUGACCAAUAAUAUAUAUAUUUAUAUCAGUACCAUUAUAUUCAUUAUUAUCAGGCUGUUUGCAUCGAUAUACUCAUAGUAAUAUUUGUUCUAGAAUAUGUAGGUGCAAAUCGACAUCAUUUUAGCAUUAUUAUCUGUAAAAAAAAUGGAAAAAGUAGCUAUCGUAUUUUCUAGGUUAAAAAAAAAACGUGAUUUUUAAUACGAUAUUUUCUCUAUAAAACAUCAAGAAUGGAUUGAAAAUCAUGUUUCGAUUUUUUCCUCUAAAACUUUUGUUAUUGUAAUAUUAAUUAAUCGAUUAACUUUUGUAUAUAUUAAAAAUAAUUAUUGCUGUAAAAAUUAUAAAACAUUUUUAAAUAAUUAUGAUAUAAAAUGGACCAUAGCUAAUAUAAAUAUAAAUACAAAUAAAAAUCUCCAGGCGGUCAAGAGUAUAUAAUUAUUAUCGGUAACAUUAUUUGGUACCUAGUAAUAAUUAUGUCACUAACAGAGUAUAAAUACAAAUUAAGCCUAUAGAAAUGUAUAAAGUGAUCAUUCAUUUUGUUAGGCUAAUUUAAAUAAUGGUUUGUUACUACUCAAUGUAACUUUUUAUUUGUCAAAAAAUAUAUUGCAUAUGAAAAGCCUUUAAAUAAAUGGUUUUUUGUUAACUAGAUGUUGAGUCUUAUUUUUUAAUAUCUUUAACAAAAGUGUGAUUUAUUCCAACCAAAGAUAAUGUAAUAUAAGUUGGAAUGAUAU